GGAAUCUGAAGCAGGAGCGCACAUUUCGACUGAUUUGUGUUCCUCGCGGGCUCUCCGGAUUCUGUGAACUACCCUUUUUAUCGUGAUGACCCUACGCUUUAAGGAGCAGAAUACGUUUGGUACGAUGUUUUUGAGGUCUAAUGUGCUUAAUAUUUAGACCAGCGACACGCAGACUCGACGAAAAUAAAGAGGAAAUAUCCGAACAGGAUCCCGGUCGUCGUGGAGCGUCACCCUCAUUCACAGAUUUCCGAGAUUGACAAACACAAAUUCCUUGUCCCAGAUGACAUCUCCGUCGCCCAAUUCCUCUGGAUCAUACGCAAACGUAUCCAGCUCUCUGAAGAGAAGGCAUUGUUUCUUUUCGUCGGAAGCACUAUCCCGCAGUCUAGCACGUCCAUCGGUCAGUUGUACUCAGACUUUUGCGAUGACGAUGGAUUUCUGUACGUGAUGUACAGUGGUGAAAAUUCAUUUGGUUCGUGGGCGUAGCGAUAUCGAUGGAUUGCAACUCCCUCUUUCCAAUCUCUGUGCCCUAUCUAUCUUUGGCUCGUCUGUUUUCUAACAUCUAAAUGGCUUUCGUUUUGGUAAGCGCCGGCUUAUUUCCAAGUCACAUGCAUACUUUUCACGACAGUCAGUUGGUUCUUCCCUUUUGACUGGCCAUUCGUUGAGAAACAAGUGAAGGCUCUAUUAUUCAUCGCUUCUUAUCCAUCAAGUUCUCACAUCUUUCAGUGUGCCAACCAACGAUUAUCAGUUCCAGCUUUUUGUGACUUCUGUCGCCUCACCCCUCUCUCCACCUUCCCACUUGUGUUCUACAUACAUAUUCAUUACGACUUUCGCUAGCCCAAUAGAUGACGGAUGCCGCGGAAUUCCACUUGUGUCUCAGAUAAACAAAAAAAGACAAGCGUAUUUUUCUCUUGUUGUUAUGCUCUACAAUUUAUUUUAGCAUAUCCUCCGUCCCUUUAAACUGGGUAGUCACUACGGGGAGCACCCACUCGAAUUGUGUGUGACAUUUUGUUAUUAUUAUUAUUAUUUCUCUGUUCUCGUAUGUAAUCAAACUGUUGAUUUUCCAUCGUAAUUUUGCCGGACUGUUGUUGAUGCUGCUCACUAUCUACCUGUCAUCAUCAUUAUCAUCAACUAGAAUGGGUUGAUUAAUUUUUUCUCUCUUUCUCUCAUUGUCUGCUGCAUGUCCAAUUUUUGUGGGCUGAUGGAUUUUUUGGUUAUCUAAAUAAUGUUUGAUCAAAAUUGGUGUUUGUUUCCACAUUCGUUGAAAUCCACAUUUGACCUGUGAUCCUUCCCCAUGGAGGCCUGUUGUUCAUGUAUUACCGAUUACCCCUGUGGUGAUCGGGUGAUUGUGGCAUCACCCUGUACUCUUUACUACAAUAAGUAAAAGAGUCAGCGUGAGUCCUGUUGUGCG